AUGUCGCGUCGCUCGUUGCGAGUCGACGGGGCGACCGUCGCGCCGAUUCUGGACUGCAUUUUCGAUGUUGUUGUUGCUGCCAAAAAAAUCCGUUACAAGCCCUACCCUGUUCGAUUGCGCAUCGACUUGAAGAAUAUGCUCACAGUCUACCUUGACAAUUGUAUGCAGCAAACUACGAGACUUUGCAUGAGCUCUGAAAUCAUCGUUUUGUCGCGUGACGGUUCUUUCGGAAUGUCCGCAGCCACUGGUGGCCUUGCUGAAUCACGAUGUCGUUGACUUCUCCUCCUAUUGUUGACCAUUUGGGUGCAUAGUUGUGAUUGGUGUCAAGUCGGAUGCUAUUUGAUAAACUUUCGAACUUCCUUUGUCUGCUGUUACACCUUUUUUGAGACAGUGAUGUAAUAAA